ACCGGUUAACUUACCGGUUAAUUGGAUCGGUUAACCGGUCCGCACAUUUCCCGGACAGGUUAACCGUUAACCGGACCGUGGCCAAGCCUAGCGGGCGGAGCUGGGGGCAGAAUCAAGUGACGAGAUUCCGUCGGAAUUAGAAGAUUCCGUCGGCCGAACUGAAAGUGAAAGAGGAGUGAUUGUGUGCAGGACCGGCAGACCCCCACGCUGUGACGCGACGACACGACACAAGACGCGACGCGACGCAGGAAUCGGAGGGACCGAGUGCCUCUGCAUGCGAGGAGAGUCGCGACAGCGGGGCUCUGUUUGUGAGUGUGGAGGUCGAGCACUGUGGUCCGCGUCGUGAGUGACGAGACUGGAGGCACUGCUCGUCGAUCCUCUGCGCGAGAGGUGGUCACUGGAGAUCCUGGAAACCUGCUGCCCAUCAGUGCUCGCUCACCCAGCAGCGGCUGCUAGAGCGCACGCAUGCGCAGAUACUGCUCCUGCUGCGAAUUUCUGGAAUAUAAUGCUCGGGCCUCGACACACUCUUCAGCAGGGAAGCACAGAUAAUCCGAUUGCGAAGGAGUUUCCUCUUCUUCUUGUAGAAUCAGAGAGAGGAGUAUUUGUUUUCAUGAAGCCUUGAAUUUCCACCAAGGCUUGCACCACAGUGACAGCGAUGGCGCAAGAGAAGGGUGUCAUAUACCUCCUUCUAGUAUUGUGUGUUUCACUUUCCCUCGCUCAGACUCAGCCUGAGGAUGGCAACCUAUCGCAGCCGACGGUAGUUCAGGAAAGGUUCAUUUGGCCAUUAUUGAGCGACUAUGUCGGGGCCGGAAAUCAAGUGAUGGAGUUCAUGUCGGCAGCCAUCGUUGCGCAUGCUUUGAACAGAACCCUCUGCUUGAGCCCGUUCCGUGAUGGACCUUCGAGGCACUUCGGGCUUCUGUGGAGAAACGGGCACGGGCUUGCAAUCGAGGAUCGGUACAACGUGGAGGAGUUGAAGAAAUUCGUCAAAGUUGCGACUUCCGAGCACUGUUUGGAAACGUGCAACCGCAAAUUGGAUGCGACAUGGUUCCUCAGAUCACAGAGAACUCCGAGUUUCCCCGCUUGGGAAAAAGGUGCCACCGACAAAACUCUUUACGAGGCAACGAACAUGAAGUGGUCCUUCGUGUCUUGGACAUCGAUGGAGGACAUAAGCAACGCAUUCGGGUAUUCCAAUUUGAGCUGCGUGGCUUUGGGAGGUCUCUUCCCCGGAUUGAGGUGGCGAGGGGCGUAUCUCGCUCUUGGUGCCUACUUACCGUCUGCGGAGUCUCUGGUUCAAGCAGCCGCAGCCUUCCAGAAUAAUACAUUCGGCCUCGACACAAAAUACAUCGCCAUUCACUGGAGGUUUGAGGAAUCCUUUUGCGGAGGGAGGCAAUUGGGAACCUGCUUCCUGCGAUGUGGUGACGGCGCCAUCGUCGCCACACGGCUCAAGGUCGAGGCUGCAGAGUGGCAGGCCCAUGCGGAGAACCUCAGAAAUUGCCACUUCCAUGGCGUCAAAGUCGCCAAAGAGGACAUGGUCGACGCAAUUUACGAUCGGGCUGUGCAGAGUGGUGUUACAACCGUGUACAUAGCCACGGACGGCUGGGUCCGAGGGAAAGAGGGCAAGCUACUAAUCCGAGACGUGGUGGAGAUGUUGCGGGAGAAGAACAUGACAGUGAUCGGCAUGUGGAGGAUCGAGGACCUGCCGAAUUUCCCCGACGGUAGCUACGUUCCUGAGGAAGGAAAGGGACUCGCUGACCUUUUCGGCAUCGUCGAUCCCAACGAACGAGUCAGCAGCAGAAUGGUCGCUGGCGUGGAGCAGGAAAUCUGCGCGAGGUCCGAGGCAUUCCUCGGAACCGGUCAAUCCACUUGGAGCUUGGCCGUCUUCCGCCAACGCUUGGCUCGAAGGAAAGCUCACCAGGUGAUCGAGAAGGUGGUGGGGAUGAUUAGUGAUGAGGAGUUCCGGCAGCUGGACCAAACUAUCCACACACAAAUCAUCGAGGAGCUUCUCCAAGACAACCACGAGGCCGGACUUCUGUGCGGAUACUCGAGGGAGUUCGCCCGGUUUGCUGUGAAUGUGACAUCGGAGACUCGGGAGGAGGAGGCUCCCGAUGGCUGGAUCGAUCUCGAGGCCUGCGAAAUGCGGAUAGGGAAGGGAGGCAAAUGCGAGUUCGCCACAUGCAAUUGAGUACAGCUUCGGCGUGCUACCUUCCUCAGACCCAGCUCCGUGCCCCUGCAUGCCUUCCAGCAGUAGCCAGCCGCCACCUUCGAGACAGCGAUUUUGCGAUUUACGAGCUCUAAAUCUCCAAUUCCCAGAGCGCUGCUGGAUCUCGGAACCAGGUUGGUAGAUUUUUCUGGCAAGAUUUUCAAUCUCUUCGGUCGCUCUAAAGAAGUCCUCGGCAUUCCACGGGACCUGUCGACUCUUGUCGGCCCUCACUGCCCAUGGACUGACUUGAGCCUCUGGAAGAGCAUGCAGGGCCACUCGAUGCACACAUUUCGUGAGUAUCCACAUCGAGCUUCCGGGCCAGACCUAGAUUACUAAAUGAGAUGAUCCCAAACUUUCAGUACAGAGGUCGAUUGACCCAGUUGAUAUUCAGACAGUUAGUUAGUUGUUUAGUUCAAGCUGGAAAAGAUAAUCUCCACGAGGCUAGGGUGGCCACGAGUUCAAUCUGGCCACUGAUAAAUUUGUAACAUAAAAGAAUUUUAUUUGCAGUCCAGCUCUGUCGAUCUCACAAAUGUGUUUGACCAG